ACAUCCCAACCCCCCCCCCCCCUUCAUGGAAUAGCCAGAAAGAACAGAGCACGAAACAAAUCCAUCCCCAGCCUCCCCCAUUUCCCUCUGUUCCUCAGAUUCCCUCCACUUCUCGUUCCGGGGAGGAAGAAGGGCACAUCCGCCAUUGUUGCAGAGGGAGCCUACCUCCAGUUUCACCAAUGGAGCGUGCUCGGAGGAUAGCCAACCGGGCCACGAUCCUGAGGCGCAUCGUCUCUGGGUCCAAGCAGUACCGCCACCAUGAAUCUCCCGCCAUCUACGCCCCAUCGAGAUACGUCUCUUCCCUCAGCCCCUACACCUCCUCCUCCUCAUCCGUCCUCAGCCGCUCGAGAUCCGAGCUCUUCCAGCAGACCCGACCCAUUUCCGUGGAGGCCCUGAAGCCCAGCGACACGUUCCCCCGCCGCCACAACUCUGCCACCCCGCAGGAGCAGUCCAAGAUGGCCCAGUCCUGCGGGUUCGACACCCUUGACUCCCUGAUCGAUGCCACCGUCCCGAAAUCGAUCCGAAUCGACUCCAUGAAGUUCUCCAAGUUCGACGAGGGGCUCACCGAGGGGCAAAUGCUGGAGCACAUGAAGAGAUUGGCCUCCAUGAACAAGGUCUACAAGUCCUUCAUCGGGAUGGGCUAUUACGGCACCUUCACGCCGCCGGUGAUCCUGAGGAACAUCAUGGAGAACCCUGCUUGGUACACUCAGUACACUCCCUAUCAGGCCGAGAUCUCUCAGGGCAGAUUGGAGAGCCUGCUCAAUUUCCAGACCGUGAUCACUGAUCUCACCGGCCUGCCGAUGUCCAACGCGUCCCUCCUCGACGAGGGUACUGCUGCGGCUGAGGCCAUGGCCAUGUGCAACAACAUACUGAAGGGGAAGAAGAAGACAUUCAUCAUCGCCAACAACUGCCACCCGCAGACCAUCGACAUCUGCAAGACCCGAGCUGACGGGUUCGACCUUAAGGUUGUCACUGCUGACCUCAAGGACAUCGACUACAGUUCAGGGGAUGUCUGCGGGGUCCUCGUGCAAUAUCCCGGGACAGAGGGCGAGGUCCUGGACUACGCUGAGUUCGUUAAGAAUGCCCACGCCCAUGGCGUUAAGGUUGUCAUGGCGAGCGACCUGUUGGCACUCACUAUGCUGAAGCCGCCGGGUGAACUGGGAGCCGAUAUUGUCGUGGGGUCUGCGCAGAGGUUCGGAGUCCCUAUGGGUUACGGUGGGCCCCACGCAGCCUUUCUUGCCACCUCCCAGGAAUACAAGAGGCUGAUGCCUGGGAGGAUCAUUGGACUGAGUGUGGAUUCCACGGGGAAGACUGCCCUGCGUAUGGCGAUGCAGACGAGGGAGCAGCACAUCCGGAGGGACAAGGCAACCAGCAACAUUUGCACUGCUCAGGCAUUGCUUGCCAAUAUGGCUGCAAUGUAUGCUGUCUACCACGGGCCUGAAGGCCUCAAGACUAUUGCGCAACGUGUCCAUGGGCUUGCUGGGGCCUUCGCUCUGGGGUUAAAGAAGCUCGGGACUGUGGAAGUUCAGGGCCUCCCUUUCUUUGAUACCGUGAAGGUCAAGUGCGCUGAUGCACAUGCGAUAGCUGAUGCUGCUUCCAAGAAUGAGAUGAACUUAAGAAUUGUUGACAAGAACACCAUUACUGUUUCCUUUGACGAGACUACUACCUUGGAUGAUGUCAACAAACUCUUCAAAGUGUUCGCUGGUGGAAAAUCCGUGCCAUUUACUGCCACAUCUCUUGCACCAGAGGUUGAACCGGUUAUCCCAUCUGGUCUCGUGAGGGAGACUCCUUUCCUGACCCAUCCGAUCUUUAACACGUACCAUACCGAGCAUGAGCUGCUCAGGUACAUCCACCUGCUCCAGUCCAAGGAUCUCUCUCUGUGCCACAGUAUGAUUCCAUUGGGAUCUUGUACGAUGAAACUGAAUGCAACCACAGAGAUGCUGCCUGUGACGUUCCCUGGGUUCACUGACAUUCACCCUUUUGCCCCUACGGAGCAGGCUGCAGGUUAUCAGGAAAUGUUUGAGGAUUUGGGCAAUCUUUUGUGCACGAUUACUGGUUUUGACUCCUUCUCUCUGCAACCUAAUGCUGGGGCCGCUGGAGAGUAUGCGGGGCUCAUGGUUAUCCGUGCAUAUCAUAUGGGUAGAGGAGACCACCACCGGAAUGUGUGCAUUAUUCCAGUCUCUGCCCAUGGGACAAAUCCUGCAAGUGCUGCUAUGUGUGGGAUGAAGAUUGUUGCAGUCGGGACUGAUUCAAAGGGUAACAUCAACAUUGAGGAGCUGAGGAAAGCUGCUGAGGCUCACAGGGACAACCUCUCCGCUCUUAUGGUUACUUAUCCAUCAACUCAUGGAGUGUACGAGGAAGCUAUUGAUGAAAUAUGCAAGAUAAUUCAUGACAAUGGAGGGCAAGUGUACAUGGAUGGCGCUAACAUGAAUGCACAGGUGGGAUUGACAAGCCCAGGAUUUAUUGGAGCUGAUGUUUGUCAUCUCAACCUCCACAAGACCUUCUGCAUCCCGCAUGGAGGUGGGGGACCUGGAAUGGGCCCAAUUGGUGUGAAGAAACACUUGGCACCUUUCUUACCUUCUCACCCUGUGGUACCAACCGGUGGUAUCCCUGCCCCCGACAAAGCUCAUCCAUUGGGAACAAUCGCGGCUGCUCCUUGGGGCUCGGCUCUUAUCCUUCCGAUUUCCUACACUUACAUAGCAAUGAUGGGCUCAAAGGGACUCACUGAUGCAUCGAAGAUCGCUAUUCUGAACGCGAACUACAUGGCAAAACGCUUGGAGAAUCACUACCCAAUAUUGUUCCGUGGAGUUAAUGGAACGGUUGCACAUGAAUUUAUUGUGGACCUUAGAGGCUUUAAGAAUACUGCUGGAAUUGAACCGGAAGAUGUUGCCAAACGUCUAAUGGACUAUGGCUUCCAUGGCCCGACUAUGUCAUGGCCCGUGCCUGGGACUCUCAUGAUUGAGCCCACUGAAAGUGAAAGCAAGGCUGAGUUGGACCGGUUCUGUGAUGCCCUGAUCUCCAUUAGAGAAGAAAUCGCACAAAUCGAAAAGGGGAAGGCUGAUAUCCACACCAAUGUCCUUAAGGGGGCUCCUCACCCUCCUUCGCUGCUCAUGGGAGAUGUGUGGACGAAGCCAUACUCUCGGGAAUAUGCAGCUUUCCCUGCUUCAUGGCUCCGCACUGCAAAAUUCUGGCCAACAACUGGUCGUGUCGACAAUGUGUACGGAGACCGCAACCUCAUCUGCACUCUCCUCCCCGUAUCUCAGAUGGCCGAGGAGGCAGCUGCUGCUACCGCCUAAGAGGUUUCCGAUCCCACCGAGUGAAAAGGGGAAAAAAAAAAAAAGGAAAAUUCCUGGAAAAGAGAAUGGGAAAAAUCUUCUAAAUUCUUAAUUAACAUCAGAACAGUUCCCUCUCCCUGCCAUUCUUGUAUAUAAUCUGCUACUCCUUCACGUCAUCUGGUGGAAUAUUCAUCAAUCUUCUUUGAUACAAUGCAUAGCUCCAAUUCUCCAAUGCUUUUAAUAAUUUGAUUAAUAAAAAAGAAAAAUGUUGCAAAAUUGCAACUCAA